GCUAAAUCGUUUCCCUGUGGCAAUUGCAACAGCGUGUUCAGCAUGAAGCACAAUCUUCAAUAUCACUGGAGGAUUGAAUGUGGUCAGCCGCCGAGGUACAAUUGUCCCUACUGCGCCUACAGGACGAAGCAUCCGUCAAACAGAUACGACCGGUCGCCAUGCAACGAUUUCACGCGCAUUCCAAUCAAUGUGUCUACAAUCCUGAUGGAGCACAGCAAAACAGGAAUUACCCCUGCCACAAGUGCGGCAACGCGUUCACGCGCAAGAACAAUUUGUAUAAUCACCUCAAGUUCCAGUGUGGUCAGUUGCCGAGAUUUAACUGUCCGUACUGUUCUUAUCGUACGAAACAUUCGUCGAACGUGAGGUCCCAUAUACGUAGGAUACAUCCCAACGAGAAUGUCUACGUUCUCGAUAUGAGCACGAAACAGGAUCAUCAGCCAAGAUGAACGAUACAAAUUUUGCAAGCCUUCCUUCCUUUUAUUAGAGAUCACCCACAAAGCUACAAGAAGUCUCGAAGCAGUUGUGAUAUCAAUCAAAUGAAUGAUUAUUCAUUGAUCUGUUCUUUUAUCAGUAUGCUUUAUUUAUUUUACGUAGUCGUUUAUGUCACAUGUGUCGAUUUGUUAGUUAUUUAUUGUUAUACAUUUAUUUUCAUUUAGCAAUUUUUGCCUGUUGGCGAUGUAAUUGAUAUCUAUUAUAUUGAUCAUCAAUCAUAGACUAAAUUUAAAAAUUAUACUUAACGUUUCCUGACGCAGGAUAUUCGAGAAAUUACUUAUUUAUAAAAUGCAUUAUAUAAUAUA